UUGACAGUCGGUUGAGAAGGUUGACUUUUAUCGGUGAUCUCAGUUCUGCUUCAGUAAGUCGUGUCGCGUCGCUAAGUGGGAUCAAGAACCUCGUUGCGUGUUGCUUACUGUGCACUGCCCACUCUUCGUGCUUUCUCAUGUCAGAAGGAAUGUUGUCAAUGGUCCCCGGCUCCCGCCGGGUGGUCGGUUGUGCAGCCACAGAUGAUGGACUGCUCUCCUCUCAGAAGAAAGUUCUCCGUGACGUCAAAAACACUCUUCAGUCACACAGUAAUUGCUGUAAACCAGCUUCAAAGCCAGUUUUGGAUAAUGUCAACCCAGUCGUAGUCAACCAAGACCUCGGGCCCAGGCCUGUAAUUUAUUGUGGUCAGGACGAUCAGUUUUGGGACCCUUGUGAUUGCUCCAAAACUGCUGACGAACUUCUGUCUUCCCGGUUGCCCUGUGAAUAUCUGAACAACACCGAUUUUGCUUAUAUUAUGAGAGGACUUGUAGGGAUUCCAAGUGGCCAUGGCUAUGAUUCUGACUGCAGCGAUGUAGAAUACAGCUAUUUGGAUGAACCCUUCAUUGAAAACUCACUUGAUUUUUUGGAUACCAGUCCUAUACCAACUGAAUUGAACCUUCUCCCCAUUUAUUUGGAUCCACCCACACUCAUUGACGUUGAAGAUGAAUGAGGAGUAAAUGGUCAGUUCUUAAAUUUUAUUAUGUCUGUUGAACUUUUAUAACCUGUAUAUCGCUUGUCUAAUCAAUGGUCCAAAUGUAUUACUGAAUUUGUGAAUUAUGAUCUCAUUGACUUAGCUUUUAUUGAAUGGAAUAGGAUGAAUAAUACAAUCAUUUCUUAUAAA